AAACCCACCUUCUCUUCACACAACUUACAUACACUUUUUCUUUCCCCCCCUCCCCCUCUCUUUGACUCUUUCUCUCUCUCUGAUAUGACGAUAAUGUUGCAAAAUAAAGACAUUGAAUAUGGGGAAAAUGAUAAAGGGUUUGGGUCUUUGAAUGAGCCCUUCAUCCCUGCAGGGAAGGCUCUGCCUGAGGAAGAGCAAGGUGAAACUGGCAAUAGUGGAUCCAUUGGAAUGGUCGUUCUUUGCACUUUUGUCGCAGUUUGUGGCUCUUUCGAAUUUGGGUCUUGUGUGGGCUAUUCAGCACCCACUCAGUCUGCCAUCAGGAAUGAUCUUCAGCUCUCUCUACCUGAGUACUCCAUGUUUGGCUCCAUACUAACAAUUGGUGCAAUGAUUGGUGCCAUUACCAGCGGUCGAAUUGCCGACUUCAUCGGUCGAAAAGGGGCUAUGAGAUUGUCAGCUGCUUUCUGUAUCACAGGGUGGCUUGCAGUCUACUUCUCUAUGGGAUCUCUACCGCUCGACAUUGGGAGGUUCUUCACAGGCUAUGGCAUUGGAGUUUUCUCUUAUGUGGUCCCAGUAUUCAUUGCGGAAAUAGCUCCAAAGAACCUUCGCGGAGGGCUCACUACAGUUAAUCAGCUCAUGAUUGUAUCUGGUUCUUCAGUUGCGUUCUUAACCGGAACCGUCGUGACAUGGAGAACUCUGGCUCUGACUGGACUUAUUCCAUGCGUUGUCCAGCUCGUGGGUCUAUGCUUCAUUCCCGAGUCCCCCAGAUGGUUGGCAAAGGUCGGCCGUGAAAAAGAAUUCGAAAUUUCAUUGCAAAGGCUUCGCGGCAAAGACACUGAUGUUUCGCAGGAGGCUGCUGAAAUCCAGAGCUACAUUGAAACCCUUCAAAGCCUUCCAAAGGCUAAGCUCCUGGAUUUGUUUCAAAGCAGAUAUAUUCGUCCCCUACUAAUUGGCAUUGGAAUAAUGGUAUCUCAACAAUUUGGAGGGAUAAAUGGAAUCGGUUUCUACGUAAGCGAAACAUUUGUAAUGGCAGGACUUUCUUCAGCCAAUAUUGGAACAAUAGCUUAUGGCUGCAUUCAGGUUCCAAUCACUGUAAUGGGUGCAAUGCUAAUGGAUAAAUCCGGCAGAAGACCACUUCUACUGGUGUCGUCCACCGGGAUAUUUCUGGGGUGCUUCCUAACUGGAACUUCUUUCCUUCUUCAGAGUAAGGGGUUGUUUGUUGAAUGGAUACCAUUUUUAGCUGUUGCUGGGGUGCUGCUGUACAUAUCCUCCUUCUCUAUAGGAAUGGGCGCUGUCCCAUGGGUGAUCAUGUCUGAGAUCUUCCCAAUAAAUGUGAAGGGGGUUGCUGGGAGCUUGGUGGUGCUGGUGAACUGGUUGGGUGCUUGGUUAGUCUCCUACACUUUCAAUUUUCUCAUGAGCUGGAGCUCCUCAGGUACUUUCUAUGUAUAUGCGGGAUUUUCUGUGCUUACAAUUCUGUUCGUGGCAAAGGUAGUGCCAGAGACCAAAGGAAAAACCCUAGAGGAAAUUCAGGCAUGCAUCAAUGCUGAGAGAGUGGAGGAGAACCAUAAAGCUGGGAAUCUAUGAAAUUACAUAGUGGGAAUUAUUGUUUUUGGAUAUCAACUGUUAUGAUUGGUGAUGCAUCAUCUUCUCAUUCGUUUAAUCCCAAGGUUGAAUUAAUAUGGGAAGGCCAGGGGAUCGAUCCACACAACACAAAUUGUGUUGCUUGAUGAAAUCUUGUUGUAAAGUUCCACCGGGGCAAUGGCAAAUCAAAUCCUGCAAUGGAUAUAUAUACAGGCCCAAGUUCAAGUUCAAGAGAGAGAGAGAGAGAGAUAUUCAUUAUGUGCAUGAAGUAGAAAUAUUUAUUUGAAUGAAAGUUAUUUUUACUAGAUUUCCAAA